UCUGUCAGUGCGCAAAUCCCAGCAGAGAGGAGGCAGCAGCGCCCCGGCAGAAGAGCCUGAGAGAGAGAGAGUGACAGAGAGAGAGGCUGUUUGUCUGCGCUCCGACUCAACCCAUCACCGGCGGGGAGGCUGCACCUUCUGCCGAGCACGGACCUGAACCAGCAGGGCUCGCCACCGGAGCCCUCCAUAUGGGCUCACCAUGCGCAGGAUACGGGCCAACGCCAUCGCGAUUCUGACCGUUGCGUGGAUCCUGGGGACGUUCUAUUACCUGUGGCAGGACAACAAGCCCCAGUCGUCGCCGUCGUCGUCGGCUUCGCAGACCCGCGGCAGGGGCCAUGGGCAGAAGGUGGUCUCCGGCCGGCUGGAGAUCCACCGGGACGACAGGACCAUCCCGCUGAUUGUGACCCAGCCCCUGCGGACGGAGCAGCAGAGCCAGCUGCUGGCCGGCUUCGAUGAGAAGGCCUACCUGGCCGGGAAGCAGCUGAAGCCGGGGGACGACCCGUACAGAGACCACGCCUUCAACCUGCAGGAGAGCGACCGGCUGGGCAGUGAGCGAGCAAUCAGAGACACCCGACACUACAGGUGUGCAUCUCUUAAUUAUGACACAGACCUCCCUUCCACAAGUAUCAUCAUCACUUUCCACAAUGAGGCUCGCUCCACUCUCCUUCGCACCAUCAAAAGUGUCCUGAUGCGAAGUCCUCCGUCUCUGAUUCAAGAGAUAAUCUUAAUAGAUGACUUCAGCUCUGACCCUGAGGACUGCCAGCUGCUCUCUCAGAUCCCCAAAGUGCGCUGCCUGAGGAACGGCAGGAGAGAGGGUCUGAUCCGAUCACGCGUGCGAGGAGCCAACACGGCCUCGGCCUCCAUCUUGACCUUCCUGGACAGCCACUGUGAGGUCAACACCGAUUGGCUGCAGCCGAUGAUCCAGAGAGUCAAGGAGGACCAUACGCGAGUGGUCAGCCCCAUCAUUGACGUCAUCAGCCUGGAUAACUUCGCCUACUUGGCUGCGUCCGCUGACUUGAGAGGAGGUUUUGACUGGAGCCUCCACUUCAAAUGGGAGCAGAUUCCCAUCGAGCAGAAAAUGGCGAGGAGCGACCCCACACAGCCAAUCAGGACUCCCGUCAUUGCUGGUGGGAUUUUCGUCAUGGACAAGAGCUGGUUCAACCACCUGGGCCAGUAUGACACCCACAUGGACAUCUGGGGAGGGGAGAACUUUGAGCUUUCUUUCCGGGUGUGGAUGUGCGGAGGAAGCCUGGAGAUUCUUCCCUGCAGCCGGGUGGGUCAUGUGUUCAGGAAACGACACCCGUACGACUUCCCUGAAGGAAACGCUCUCACCUACAUUAAGAACACCCGACGGGCUGCUGAGGUGUGGAUGGACGAGUAUAAACAGUACUACUACUCUACGAGGCCGUCGGCCCAGGGCAAGGCCUUUGGCAGCAUUGCAGACCGUCUGACGCUGCGGCGGAAGCUGAACUGCAAACCUUUCCGCUGGUAUAUGGAGAACGUUUACCCUGAGCUGAGGGUCCCGGAGCAGGAAGCGGUGUCCAGUGUGCUGAAACAAGGCGGUUUGUGUCUGGAGACCCGUGGGACAGACACUCUCGGCCUGGCAGAGUGCAGGGGUGUCGGCGCCAACAGGCCGCAGUCGCAGAGGUGGGAACUCAUAGAGCCACUGAUCCGGCAGCAGGACCUCUGCCUGGCCAUUUCAGCCUUCACAGCAGGGUCAAAGGUCAAGAUGGAGCCCUGCAAUGCAAAAGAGCCCAGACAGAAGUGGAAGCCCAAAGGCACGGCUCUGCAGCACAUGGUCAGUGGCCUCUGCCUGGACAGUCAGACCCCGACAGGCCCGCCGGUCAUCACGCAGUGUCGCCCCCAGAUGGCCAGCCAGUCCUGGGAGCCACAAAUCAUCACCUGAGCCACGGCGGACGGGGAGGAGGGAGAGGGAGGAGAGGAGCAGAUUCUGGACCCGGCCUGCAGGAGGACUCAGGGGAUCACAUCUGCACACUGUCUGUCGCCUUGCUGAGGGGUGAAAGGAGUGAGAACUGUACUUUUGUGACGUCGACUUCAAGCUCCUGCUCAUUGGUCUCGGUGGCGAGGGCGUCGCUGGAAACAUGUUGGCCUUGUUGAGCGCUACAUCUGAGGUCUUUUCUGUACAGUGCUUCAUCCCUCGAGGAUGCUGCAGUUCUUCUACGUAAUCUAAGCUUUUCACUGAAAACUGUUGCACAUCUCACUUUCUCAUUUCUGUGUCUAUCCUGGUCAACAGUUUGUUUAAAAUUGGAAUAGUGAGCCUCAAAUCAAACGAGUGCACACUGUACUGUAGCAAAUGUGCUGAGGUGCACCUGACCUACUCUGAGUCAAAGUCACUGCUUGUCUUGUUUCCUAGUCUUAGGUUGAGACAUGCCUGAUGGCUGUAAGGACCAGGGCAGCUUUAUGUAUAGCCAACUAAAAUCUGAGCUUUUUUUAUUGCUGAAUAGCAGUCUUGAAAGCACCAUGCAAAGCACUGUCAGGAACAUUAUUUAUUGUUUUGCAUGGUCAGACCCAAAGAAUGUUAUUUUUUUUUCUGUCUCUCUACAAAGUUUUAUGUAAAUAUUUGAAGCAGAUAAUGGCUUGGUUUUUGUGUAAAGUACUCUCUAUGUUGUUUGAAAAAUAAAAUGUGGUAACAAAGGA